GGAAAUCGUCAGUUGAAUAGCACAAGCACAAGUUCACACGUAGCUCUAAAGCUAUUUAAGCUCCUACAAAAAAUACUUUUCUAGCUAAAACUUAAACUAUGGACUCUGAAUAUGUAAAGAGUAUCCUGAAGUCGGGGACAAAUAGCGCCCAAUUGAGUCUGAAGGCGGCCAAAUUUGAUGAGUUAAACAUACUGGCCACUUUUCAUCCUGCUGACAAGGACUACGGUCACAUGGUCAUCGAUGAACCGAAGACACCAUUUGUAUUCGAGGAUGAUUUGCCAAAGGAGCUGGAUGCUAAUACUCUGAUCGAAAAGUUGCGACAUACAUCGAAUUGGGAAAUGCCGGCGUUUGGAAUAGAAGGAGACUCUGAUGAUUCUUCGGCGGAUGAAGACUUUCCCGAAUCUUUGGAGGAGAAGGCUAGGAGGAUGGAGUUCGAGAAGCGUCGAAAGCAACACUACAAAGAGUUCUUCUCAGUUCCAUUGGCUCGUCGGCUUAUAGCCGAGGAAUUUGUCUAUUCAACCACCUCAGAGUAUAGUUUCCAUAGUGAAAAAGUAACUAAGGCUGAGGAGGUUUGUUGUGAAAAUACUCCAGAAGUCGAGGCAAGUAACUUCACACCGUUUAGAUCCUCUUAUUCUGCCAGUCAAUAUGAUGAGAAGACAUCAGAAAACAUUGAGCUCGAACCCGGAUUUUCGCCAAGCCAUCAUUGUUACCAAAAACUUCAGGCAGAGAUCUAUAAUCCACCAGAAGAUCUAGCUUCUUUAAGUCACUUACAAAAAUUACCGUCGGUCAACGGUGAGGAAGUUAUUCCGGAUGUACGAGUCCCGAACACUUCCCUCAAUCUGAGUGUGCGAACAACCUUACAGGAUGGCACGACACCUCUAAAGUCUAGCUUAAAAUCGGAAGAAGCUCGUAUUUGCAAAUCUGGUACCGAAACUCUAGCUCAGCCUAAGAAAAAGUGAUUAGCAACAAUCACAUACCAGCCUUUAGUUUGGUCGCGUUAAAUGAAAAAAUUUGAAGUUAAAUUUGGACAAUACUCUGAUUCAAUUAGUAUCUAAAUUUUAUUUAAUUUAAAGAAUAAAUAAUUAUAACUAACAA